UUCUGUCUAUCCAAACCCCCCAAACUCUCUUUGUGGAGAGAAAGAAAUGGUGUCAACAAUUCUGUCAUCAACCACAUCCUCAUUUCUUUCCAAUUCCAACCCUUACUCUGAUGCCUUUCCCACCUUCAACAAAUCCAGACCACCCUUGGAACUUUCCAGAAGACCCACCCUCAACUUCCCCAAAUCCCUCAAGCUUGUUCCUUUCAGGGUCUUCAGCUCUGCUGGCCCAAUUGAGGAUGGCUCAGCUGAGCAGUUUCUGCAGAACAAUUCAAUUGGGGACUUCAUGAGGUUCAAGACUGGGGCAGAUGGAGGUACUGGGGAGUUGCAGACUGCUGUUGUGAGUUACAAGAAGAAGUUCCCUUGGUCUCUUUUGAAGCCUUUUCUUCAGGUUGAUUUGGUUUCGACGAUUCAUAUAGCGGAUAAAGAGUACUUCUCAACCCUCCAAAAGGAGCUUGAGUCCUAUGAUGCUGUUCUUUUUGAGAUGGUGACUAGCAAAGAGAGUUUAGAGAAUAGAAGAAACCUUGUUGCCACGAAAAGACUCAAAGUCAAAAGUUCACGCUCAAGAAGCUUUAACAUUCUGGGAUGCAUUCAGCGGCAGAUGGCUCAUUUUCUGAGUCUUGAUUUCCAGCUAGACUGUAUGGACUAUGAGUCUGAGAAAUGGUAUCAUGCAGAUCUCGAUUUUGAGACUUUCAAGUUGCUUCAGGAUGAAAAAGGCGAAAGCUUCUUCUCCUUUGCAAGGGAUAUGACAAUUAGAUCCACGAAAGCUAUGAUGAAACCUGAAAUUCCAGAAGACCUUGAUCCUUGGAGAUCUAAGCUUUUAUGGGCCUCACGUGUUCUUCCUAUGCCACUUGUUGGCCUCCUCAUUAUUGGAGGUGUUUGUGCAGACACGGGCAGUCAGCCAUCAAAAUUUCCAGAACUAGAGGCCUUAUCCAGGCUUGAUUUUGGUGGUGCAAUGAAGGUCUUCUUAGCCAAAAGGUUAACAUCUGAAUUCACGCUGGCGACAGCUGAUGUAGAAGAGAGUUCUGUGAUCAUUGGUGAAAGAAACAGAGCUUGCAUGGAAGCUCUCACAAAAGCAAUUGACGAUGGGCACAAUAGGAUUGCAAUACUAUACGGAGGUGGUCACAUGCCUGAUCUAGGAAGGAGAUUACAAGAGUUGGAUCUGAUCCCUUCUCGGGCACAGUGGGUAACGGCGUGGUCCAUAAAGAACAGGAACUUAAACAGCAAUUCCCUUCCAUUUCUGAAGACAAUGGCUGAAGUUUCGGGUUGGCCUUUGAAUCGCUACCAGACUUUGGCAUUGCUUAUAUUUUCAUCAGUGCUCGCAAUAGAUCUCUGGUUCUGGGAGCUCUUUUUUGGCACUGCUGUCGACUUUUUCUCUCAAAUUGGUUCACAGGUUUCGCAGUUUAUUGAUAAUGCAGAUAUGAUAUUAUAAAACAGUCUCCCAAACCCUAUACCAUUGCUACAAGUAAUUCUUUAUAUGUAAAUGUAAAUAUGUAAACAUCUCUCGUUGAACUGGUG